AUGCAACUCUUACCAACGAUAAUCAUCCUAGCUCUGCUGGCUUUCUUUGUUAUUCUCACACUCUCCUUAUUCCUGUGGUAUUGGCAACGGAAUCGUACAAGAGGGCAGAAAAGAUAUAGCGUGGAGUCUUCGAUCAAACCCCCAAGGAAAUUGACCCUUCGAGAUGGCAAAGCCAUACCUCACGAGGUGGCUCUCGAGACACCGAGCGACAGAGAUUGUUACUCUGUGGACUUGCAGAGUCCUGAUGUGGAGAAGGAGUUCGAGUACGACGUGGAGAAGGGUUUCACAAAGCCUACCCCUUCAAAAUCAAGCAAGCGAGCGAGUCGACACUCUUUGAGAAGCCUUCUAACAGACAGAGGUCAACAAUGGACUCCAGGAAGACCCCCGUGGCUCCAUAAGGUCCCUGAGCCUCGUGAUUCGAAUGCUGAAUCAGAGUCAAAGGUAAAACCACCCAAGCGAUCAAAACCAAGGGACAGGUCGCGGAGUAUUCCUCGGCCCUCUCUGAUACAUAUAGAACGACGAGGCUCAUCACAAACGCCACGAAGAUCGUCUGAAUCCCAUUCAGCCCAUCAGUCCCGGCAUUCUGUGGGGAGAAGAGCCUCGUCCCAGGCGCAGAUGACCCCUGAAGUGCAACAGAAACGGAGGGGAAUGGAUAUCACGGAAUCCUUGUUCAAUGCAUACAAAGGACCAACGCCAUGGACUGACGAGAUCCAUCCUCUUCCUGCAAGCUCUAUCGUCAUGCCAGGGCCUGAAAGGACAGUAGCAAGCAGUAUUCAAAGUAAUGGAUAUCGCUGGUCGGUACCAGCUACUGCCAGCUUCGACUCGUCGAUUCCACAAACAGCAAGCUUCGUGGGUAGUUCCCGUGCGGUAUCCGAUCCUGAUCCAAUACGACCACCCGCGCCGUUGUUUUCAAAAGUCGACUACAGUCCACGUGUCACGUUUGCACCUACACAAGACGCCAAUCGCAAAUCGUUUCUUUCGAUGACUCCCUCGGGCACUUCUUCUACCUCAAGCGAGCACGCUAUUCUUGGGCCGAAGUCGCCGCCCCCGCUGCUGACAGAAGCACCUCCCAAGGAAUUCCCAGCUUCUACACCUGAGGAGGUGGUAGAGCUUAAAUACAACGAACAAUCAAGACCUGUUAAGGCUCUAUCGGCACCAGCACCGGCUCCGGACGUCCUCGAACGUGUUCGGGCAUUCGGCAGGCUCCACCGUGGACGACCGGUGAGCACGAUACAACGACGACGGAUCACAUCUGAUCCUUUUCAGCUACAGCAGGAAAAGAUGUUCAAGGAGGUGCGGAAGUCGAGACAGCGAUCGAGCCUACUACGAGGGGCUGCAGACAUUCCCGACACUGUACAGGAGCGACGGCGGCGUAGCGACACAGCAUCGAUCCGACCACCCAGCAUUGAGAUCAACAUCCCCCAUUUCGAGCGUGGCAGUCUUUCCUUUUUUGACAGCACUCCUACACCUCCACAGUCUGGCAGAGAUUUGCCAAGAGGGCCAUCCGUGAUGUCGGAUCGAUCGGCCAUGACUAUCGCAAGCUCCGAGAUAUCGAGCAAUUGGACCAUCGGCAAAGCCGAACUGGUCAACAUUUAUCCUAGCUUGGCCGAUGAUGAGGAGGAGGAUUAUGAGAGCAUAAGAGAGAGCAUGAAGGGGAGCCCAAGGCGUACCCCACCAUACGCAAAAGUGCUCCGGAGCAAGUAUGGGCAAUAUCCAAGGAAUGGCAGGAACAAGGCACUGCCUUUAUUGCCAAGGAGUCCCCUCUCCCGAUUGACGACUUAG